AAUACUGGGAGCAUGUCUGUACUGCCUCCAGACCAAGUUUGUUGGGGUUUCUCAAGUACCGUAAAAGUAAAAUUGUUGACCCGCUCAACAAAGACGAGGAACAUUCCUUAUAUCUUGAUUCAUUAAAAGUAAUCGGAUCACAUUAUACUACUGGAGUUAAUUUUCAAAUCGUUGAUGCUGUUAUAAGCAAACUAAAG